UUUGGGAGAAGCUGAGACAGAAGAAGCAAGCUGCCUAAAGGACAAAUGCCCAGUUAAUGGUUAUAUGAAAAUGUCUUUACUUGGAUAUGUACUUCUGCUUACAGCUGCCUUAUGCUGUACUGCAGCACCAGCAGCCCCUGACGAUCACUGUGAAAAACCUGAGCAAAUAAAAGGAGCUCAGUUACAAGGUGAAUGGCACGAUGAAACUUACCCACCUGGUAAAGUAGCUAAUUUUGUCUGCCUUCCGGAAUACACCCAGGAUGGACCCAUUAAAAUGGCAUGUAUUGAAGGAAUUUGGUGGCAUAUUGCUAAAGGCCAAUGCAAAGGUAAAAAAUGUGACAGACCUGACAUAAAACAUGGAAUUAUUGACAGAGAUUACUAUUAUCCGAGAGAAGUUGGAAGAUAUUUAGAAUAUUAUUGUGAGAGCAGUUAUCAGCCAAGAAGGUGGACAAGAAUCUACUGUACUAAUGCUGGAUGGGAACCUGAACCAAAAUGCUCACAUGCAUGUGUUGAGGCUCCAAAUAUUCAACAUGGAACGGCAAUAGAAAAUAAGAAAACUUUCAGCCAUGGUGAAAGAGCUAAAUAUGAGUGUGACAACGGUUUCCGGUUUAAAGAUGAAGAUGUAGCAAGUUGUGUAGAAGGACAGUGGAUGAACAUUCCAGUGUGUAUUUCAACAUCUUGUAAAUCGCCACCUAAAGUUCUGAAUUCCAAACCUAAAGGAGGAACUAAAUCUAGUUAUGCAUCUGGUGAAAAAAUUACUUAUGAGUGUAAUUCUGGUUAUUCCCUGGAAAGAUCAGGAGAAGCACAAUGUGACAACACAAAUUGGAUUAAUAUACCAGUGUGCAGAAGAACUGGAGCGCAGUGUGGUCCACCACCAACUGUGCAGUAUGGAGACACUGUGGAGAUUAGAAAAGCUAACUAUAGAUCUGGUGAGAAGGUGGAAUUUAGAUGCCCAGAAUAUUAUAUUCUUGACGGAAAUAGGUUUGUCACAUGCUUGAAUGGUGUCUGGAAUGAAGCACCAGUUUGUAUAGAGCCGUGUACUGCAAAGGAAAGGGACAUGGAAAGUAAUAAUAUACAACUAAAGUGGAGACCUGAUAGAAAGCUUUACAGUAGACAUGGUGAGACUAUAGAGUUUAUUUGUAAACCUGGAUAUGAAGCUCCUCCUGACACACAGAUGAGAAUUACUUGUAAUCAAGGAAAUCUGGAAUAUCCAAAAUGCUUCAAGAUAGGUUUUUGUGUAUUACAACAAUCGACUAUGAUUGCCAAUAAUAUUCAUUACAAUCUGAGCACUGUAGUGGACCAUGGUCAAAAAAUCCUAUUUCAGUGUAAUGACGGAAUGAUGGCAGAAAACAAUCUUGAAGCCAAAUGUGAACAGAGAAAGAUAAACUAUCCAAGAUGUACUGCUGCAAAAAGUUGCAAGGCUCCAGAAAUCCUUAAUGGGUUCGUUAAAACAGAACAGGCCAGUUAUGACUCCGGCUCAUAUGUGGAAUUUGACUGCGAUGAAGGAUAUGUGAUAAAUCUUGCUAUGAAGGUUAAAUGUGAGAAUGGUCUGUGGAGUAAACUACCAGUAUGUUACAGUCCAUGUAAAAUCUCCCCAGAAGAUCUCACUAGACAUAACAUUCAGCUACUUUCAUCUAAUGACCAAAAAACUAUUCCUGACAAAAAUUAUAAACAUGGCACAGAAAUAAGUGUUGUUUGCAUGUCAGGAUUUAGACGACCGACUAACGCAGCUUUGGUGCUCGAAUGUUAUGAUGGGAAAUUUAAGUAUCCAAGGUGCUUCUCUGGAAGGACAUGUCGUAUACUUCAAGAUGAUCUGGAUGAAAACAACUUAGAAUUGGAUGAAGUGCAUGAGAAUGAAGUAUUCUAUGCCGAAGGUGAAGUAAUCCAGUAUAAAUGUAAGAAUGGAUUCAACUAUCGUGGUCAACCAACUGGAAAAUGUUCAGAACAAAAAAUGAGCUAUCCAAAAUGUACAGAAGAAUCUUCAGUGUGAUUACAGUAAAUGCACACAGGAUGUAACAUUGCCGUCUGCAAAAAAACUGGAAGAAGACUCCUGCAAUGACUUCUAUUAAAAAAAAUAAAAAAAUUCUCAAUGUAUUCAUUGUAAUGUGGUAAAAGUCACUUGCUUUAGUAAAAUCUGUGUGUCACCAGGCAAAAAAUAAAACUAUAAAAAUC